AUGCUUGGCGCUUGCUUCUACUUUUUCGUAAUACUCAAGCCCCUUUUCGCGAGUCUGUGUCAGCCCACCUCAUCAGAUACGUGUCUCCCCGGAUGGGAAUGUCAUAAUCUCUCCACUAAUAUCCCCAGGAUAUCUAUAUUGAAUGAAGCCCCACUUGGGGUUUGUCUAUUACCAAGUGAUACUCGAUCAGGAGACCAGGAGGAAGAACAACCUGAAUUCCACGAAUUACGCGGAUCCCUCAAAAAUCAAUGCAAUCAUACCUCAUAUUAUGAGCAACAAAUUGAAGAUCGAAUACUACGAAACAAUCCGUCCUUAUAUACGUUAAAACAUGGGCAAAGGACCGUAAGACCGGAAAGUAUACGUCAAAAUAUCCUAUUCCGGGAGAUGCUGCGGUAUCUAUUAUUGGAAGAUGCGGAAGAGACAUUUCUUGAAUGUAUGGAAUGCAAUAAAGAUAGGACAUACUCACAGAGGGAGGCCGCCUUUGUGCAGAUUACGGAUCUGUUUGUUGAUAUCUUAUGUCGUCGUGAUGAGGAAUGUCCAGCCAGAGAGAUCUGCAUCGACCACACAAAUAUCCACAAGUUAUUCUCACGAUUUUCCCUGCGAAAAUGGAAAAAUGUUGGGUACUGUAGCCCAGUCACGUGGAGAGAAUCGAUGGAUGUAUGGUGUGCAGCAGAAUCUCUACCUCUUCUCCAACAAAUGCCAUUUAUUGAUGAAGAAUGCAAAACAGAAUACAUGUCCAAUGCG